GGAAUCAAUUACUUCCUAAAGGUAAUUUUAUUGGUCGGGCAGCUCAAUCGGUGGUUUCUGAGUUCUUAUUCUUCUCUGAUAAUCUCAAGACGAGCUUUUAAUUUUGUAAAGUUUUUAGCUUUGGUAUUGUUUGUAUCGAUCCCACUCUCAACUUUUGAUCGGAAUCUUCUGUUCUGGGGAUUUCCGGUGAAUUGUUUAGGAAUAGGUUUCCAAGGAUCUUACUUGGGUUUGUUUCAAAAGGUGGGAUUUUGCAAGUUGUAGAUGGUUCUUCGAUUUUGUAGGUUUCUAUUCUUCUGCUGAGAUUCGAAAUUGAGGUCUUAGGUUUUUGAUAAUAGCUUGUUUAGUUAUCUGUUAAAGUCACUAACUUUGAUGUUCCUUCCGGUCGGAAUUGUUGGCCACAAUUGAUUAUUGAAACCCUUAAAUUAAAGAGUGCCCUCUUUUUCUCUUUUAUGAUUUGGAUCUCUUGUAAUUGACUUGUGUGAGGUUUCUUUUUCUGUAGGUUGCCAUUUGUUAACUUACUCUGUUAGUCUACUACCACCAAUAACUAUGUUUUUCGAUGGAUACCAUUAUCAUGGAACAACCUUUGAGCAGAGUUACCGGUGUUAUCCGGCAUCUUUUAUCGACAAGCCACAACUUGAAAGUGGUGACAAGAUUAUAAUGCCACCAUCAGCCCUUGAUCGUCUAGCCUCUUUGCAUAUUGACUAUCCGAUGCUGUUUGAGCUUCGUAAUGCUGGAAUUGAACGUGUUACACACUGUGGAGUCCUUGAGUUCAUUGCAGAAGAAGGCAUGAUUUACAUGCCAUAUUGGAUGAUGCAGAAUCUGCUGCUGCAAGAAGGAGACAUUGUGAGAGUUAGAAAUGUCACUCUUCCAAAGGGAACUUACGUUAAACUACAGCCCCACACAACAGACUUCCUGGAUAUAUCCAACCCGAAAGCCAUCUUGGAGACUGCUUUGAGAAAUUAUUCAUGCCUAACUAGUGGGGAUAGCAUUAUGGUUCCAUACAACAAUAAGAAGUACUUCAUAGAUAUAGUUGAAACAAAGCCUGCUAACGCAAUCAGCAUCAUAGAAACAGACUGUGAGGUUGAUUUCGCACCUCCCCUCGAUUACAAGGAGCCUGAACGUCCCACAGCACCUUCUGCAGCUAAGGGUCCGGCAAAAGCUGAGGAGGUUGUGGAUGAACCUGAACCAAAGUUCAACCCUUUCACCGGAUCUGGAAGACGGUUAGAUGGGAGACCUCUUGCCUAUGAGCCAGCGCCAGCCUCUAGCUCAAAAGGCAAACAACCUGUUGUCGCUAAUGGUAAUGGACAGUCAUCUGUAGCAAGUAGCUCAGAGAAAGCUACACGAGCUCAGGGAAAGCUUGUAUUUGGGGCUAACGGAAACCGUGCUCCAAAAGAAGCUGCUCCGAAAGUUGGAGCUGCAAAAGAGACAAAGAAAGAGGAACAAGAGAAGAAAGACGAGCCCAAGUUUCAAGCUUUCUCUGGGAAGAAGUAUUCAUUGAGGGGUUGAUCAACUCACACAAUGGGUCUACUCAGUCUAUUUAUGACCUCUCAUGUUGUGUACUAAAAAUACAAGGAAAACAAAUAAGUGAAUAAAUCUCUGGCUCCUCUUGACGCGGCUUGUUUUCUUUAUCAGAUUCAAUGCAACUUUCUACAAUUCUCUGCUCUUUUAUAUUCUUACUGUAGGAUAUAAGAUUCUGAGCACCUCACUAACAUAAUGUGUUCAUGAAUAGCAAGCCAUGCUCUGUAGCUCUUUACC